AUCGGGAUCAUUCAUCGUCACGUUCCUGCAGCGGGAGCUCUCGGCAUGGUGGCCGCACCCGGCUCCCAGCUCAGCGCCGUGGCGCGAACGCUCCUUCCGAUGCUCGUGGUGAUCACCGUGGUCCUGGCGCUGCGGAGGCACAUCCGCUUCUCGCGCCAGCCAUGGCUCGCGACAUCGAGCUCGCUGCGACCUUCCCUGACGGCGACCUGGGCGAACCUCGCGCAGCUCACCCACUCCAAGGCCGUGCUGACCUUUGGCGUGCUGCUGCGAGCGCCGUUGCGGGCCCUGCAGCUGCUGCCCCUGGCGCUGGUCAACUCGAUCAUGGGCCAGGCGCGCAACGACAUGCGCGACACGGUGGUGGGCCUCAUUCGGCCGCAGGCUGCUCGGCUGGACACCCACGACUCUGAGAUUCGCCAGCUGCAGGAGCGUGCUGCUGCUAUGGAGGCUCGGCAGGGCGCUCUACGCUCCGACAUGCAUGCGGUGCAGCGCUUGCUGGCCCAG